UUCAAUCAUAGACCAUAUUGGGCAAUGAAAUUAAUAUUUUGUCUUUGUCGUUUGUCAGCCGGCAUAUGUUAUUAUAUUUUUUUGAGAUUGCAUAGUUAUUAAUAAAUAACCAAAUGUCUGACGAUAACAUGAUUCAUAUCAAAGGUAGAUUUUUGGAAUUGUUUUCCGAAUUGGACGAAGUUGAAAUAGAUUAUAUAGAUAAAUGGAUUUCUAGUCAUUCUUACAAGAAAGAUUUGCAAAAUAAAUCAGCACUCAAUAGUAGUGAGAAAUGUUUAAUAAAAAUUGCGAAUACCAUCAAGAAAUUAGUGCCUUUCGAAGCUGAAUUGCCAUCUGAGAACAUUGUACCACCCACUAUUGGAAACCUGGCCGACUGUACUAAGGAGUCCACCUGUCAUAUAGACGAGUUUCUUUAUGACCACAAUACAGUUGAAGAUCUCACUCAACAGGGGAAAAUUAAAAGACAUUACUGUGUGGACUGUAAUUCUCGCAAUAUCAAGGAAUUAACUCUAAUAUCACAUUCCUUGUCCAGACAGACCUUGUUGUAUAUUUUUAAAUUCCUUCUCCCAAAAGAUCUAGAAAACAAGCAAUUUCUGGACCUAGGAUCUAGACUAGGAGCAGUUAUUUAUGGGGCCUAUUACCUUUCAAAUGCGACAAACAUUGUAGGUGUUGAAAUAAAUAAAGAAUGUUGUGAUCUUCAAGAUACUAUUGUUGGUCAGUAUUCAAUGGAUAAUGACAGGAUAAAAAUAAUUAAUGCAGAUAUUUUAGACAGAAGUGAUAUAGUGCAGAAUUCUGAUAUUAUAGUAAUCAACUGUUUAGAUCAUUUUGUGAAUGUAGACAUACAUAGAGAGAUAUGGUAUUUUCUCAAAAAGCACUUAAAGAAAGGAAGUUAUGUGAUAACUGUUAGAAGUAUAGCUGAUACACUGAUUGCUCUAGAUAUGUUUGAAGAAUUAUCCAACUGGCUUAGCAUUAGUAAACCAAAUCAAAUGGAAAAUGAAAUGUUUUUUGACAUGGAAGAUUGUAAUGAGAUUUAUCUAUAUACAGUAAAUUAAAAUA